UACGUCCGAAUCGUAAGUCAUUAGCGAAUAGCGCCAUCUAACGACGUUCUCACACAUAACGUUGUACCGCGAACCGCAUUCACUUUGGUAAUUUUUUUUCGUAGUAGUUCAGUCGCGAGGUUCAUUGGUCGGUUGUGAUGUCUGUGUUUGGUCGCGGAGUGAUGUUCCGAAUUUAAAGUACUUAUAAAAAUCUGUAGUUAUGGUGUAAGUUUAAUUUUUAAAAAGUUGGUGUCAGUUUCGGUAUAUUAUUAAUAUUUUCUCGGUUCAAAAAUCAAUGGGUAACAUCUCGCGUUGUUUCUAAUUAAUUACCUACCUACCUAUUUUUAUUUCUUCGAUGUGUAAAUGCUAGUUAAUUUUGAAAAAUUUCACGAUCACGAUGUCAGAUAACGACAAAUUGAACCACAACUCGGUUGUGAGAAUAGAUCAAGAUUCGGAGACGGAAUUACAAGCUUUGUUCGACUCGGUACUCAAACCAGAUGCAAAUAAACCGCUCACAGUGCCAUAUGCUAUGCGAAAGCUGCCAAAAUCAUUUUUCCAUCCUCCUUCAACCGGUUCUAAAUCUCCAUCGGUAUCUAGCAUAUCUCACAGUCGAGAAAAUUCAGGAGAUUCGGCGUUCGGAACGAUUACAACCGCAGCAGGUCUGCAAAUCAAUCACUCCAGAGCUCACAGUUCUCCAGCCUCCCUGCAACAAACUUACGCUUCGGCUCAACAGCAACAUCAGCAUAGACAUUUGAAACAGAGGAGUUACGAUAUUUCAACGGUCGAUGAACUGGGCCCAUUGCCUGAUGGAUGGGAACAGGCUAGAACCGAAGAAGGGCAAAUUUAUUUUUUAAAUCAUCAUGCAAAAACGACUACCUGGGAAGACCCUCGGAAGACUAACGUGGCGGCCAGCCAACAAUGCCGCAACGCCAUCACUGCCGCCAUCUCCUCGGCUUCUCCCGUCAGUGAUCUCCAUUCCCACACUCAGCAAGGCGGUGGUAAUAAUGCUGGCAUCAAGUUAGUGUCAUCGAAUAGUGGAGCUGGAAGCGGCACAGGCAGCAGUGGCACAUUAAGUCCUGUCGGAAGCGAACCGGCAAUAGGCCCAUUGCCCGAUGGUUGGGAACAAUCGAAUACGGAUGAGGGCGAAGUGUACUUCAUAAAUCAUUUAACUCGAACCACUUCUUGGUUCGAUCCUAGAAUACCCGCCCAACUGCAGCGUACGCCAUCAACGGGAUUACCUCAAACUAUCAACUCGUGGAUGCAACAGCCUUCGCCUUCGUUAUCGUUACAAUCGCAAAUAACUCAACAAAAUCUCAGAUUACAAAAUUUGAAAAUAGAACGUGAUCGGUUGAAACUUAGACAGCAAGAAAUACGACAGCAUGAAAGUAUAAUGAAUAGAACGCGAACCGAUCCGUUUUUAACAGCUGCCGGAUUAAUGACAGCACCUGUUGAACAUUCUAGGCAAGAAUCAGCCGACAGCGGAUUAGGGUUGGGUAAUAAUUACUCGUUACCUCAUACCCCGGAAGAUUUCCUAGCUUCAAUCGAUGAUAAUAUGGAUGGUGUUAGUGAGGGCGGUCCUGCCGAUCUGUCAGGUUUAGAUUCUCAAGACAUUUCAUCCCUUAGCGAUAACAUCGAUUCAACCGAUGAUCUGGUACCUUCUUUACAAUUGGGAGAAGAAUUUACCAGUGAUAUGCUAAACGACGUGCAGACUUUAAUCAACAAUAAUCGGCCUGAUAACGUGCUUACAUGGUUGUGAUGAUUAUCCGUAGCAGAAACCACCUCAGAAUGUGUGUAAAAAUGAGAACAAAAAAUAUUGCAGCUGGUGUUUCUGCUCGUUGUUAUUUUAUUUUUCGUUUUUUACUUUUUUUUAUAUACGUUAUACCUAUGUGCGCGAAUUGCGAAAUUUUUUCUCAGCUCUUAGCGAAUUAUUUUCUUAUAAAUAAUUGUUAAUUGAGCGGUAUUUGUGUACCUAUUAUUGUACCGUAAUUCGUAAAUUAUCGCGUCAAUUUGAGAUAUUUUUCUUUCAAAUGCAGUUUCCAUCCGUCCUCUUGCUUCCCUCCCUCAGUUUUCCAUCCUUUUUCCCGAUCCCAUUACCUACUAUUUUACGUUGUAGAAAUACUACAAUGUAAAUAAUACGCGAUCCUUAGUGUAUGGUUAUGUACGAGAGGUAGCUAAAUAUUGGAAAUUUAACAUCGAUUGUGUGGAGUCGAGUUGAAAUUGUAUAUUGAAUUUUAUGCAGUGGCGUGGCCGAUUCUACAGGGGGUUGAAAAAGAGGACAGAAAGAUCCCCUCCCAGACAGGUUCAGUGAGACAGUCUGGAAAUUUUGAAAGAUAAGUUGAAAAUCAUGGGAAUGAAUUGAGCAAGGUGUCAUUUUCUGAGUAAAUUUUCAUAAAUUUUGGUAAUUUGAUCGAUUUUUUUGAAAAAUGAAAAAUUCUUACUGGGAAAAUUGAAUUUGGUAGCAAAAUAAUCGAAUCGAACUAUUUUUGUGAUUGUGGCAUGUGGCUUGUUGGAAUAUUCCCCCCCCCCUUUUCUUGAGAGAAAAAAAAUUGAACCCAAAAACCACGAGAGAAUAAAGUCAUAUAAAAGUUGAUUUAAAUCGUGAAUUACGAAUCACAUUACAUUUUUUUAUUUUGGAAAUCCCCUGAAAAUUAAUUCAAAUUGCACCCAUUUCUACCAAAAAUUCAUAUUCCAAUAUUCUUAUUUGUGAUUGGUGAAAAUUUUGAGCAUUUAUAACACACUAAUCCCCCCCCCCUCAGUUCUGUACCUUUUUCAACAUCUUAAGGGUUUGAAAAGAAAUUUUGGAUCCAUUCAGAGUCGAAAUUGGCCCAACGCCCAAAGCAAAAGUUAUACUUCUUCUCCUCAAAAAUUCACUUUCAAAAAAAAUAUUCUACAGAACUUUGAAAAACAAAUUUCAUUAAUUGUAAAAAAAAAAUUAAUUCAAAAUUGAACUUCUACAAAUUUUGAAAUUAAAAAAAUAUAUUUAUUUGAAAAAAAAAGGUCAAUAAAAGCAGACUGCCAGACUGUAUUUGUACCCACUUCCACUAGAAUAGAUUUAUUUGGAAAAUUGUUCUUAAGGAUCCCAAGUACAAUUAAUCUGAGUUUGCAGGGGUGACUAAAAUUUCAUUUGGACCAUUUUGGCAUCUACUUGGGGCUCCACAGCGACUCAAACCUGCCUACAAUAGAUUUGAAGGUCGAAAAUAAAAUGCUAACAGUUUUCUAUUAGGAUUAGAUCCAAUUUUGAUAUCAUUCAAAAGUCGAACUCAAAUUUUCAAAAUUUUUUUAAAUUGAAAAAAAUGAAAUUUAGCUCCUGCAAUUUGGCAUUACCACAGCCCAACAUUUUUUAGGCACUAUGUCCAAAACAAUUUCUCGAAAAUAGUUCAAAACUGUUCAAAAAAAUUUUUCGAGCCAUUUUUAAAGUUUUUACAUUUAUUAAAAAUUCAAAAUUAAGUAAGCAUAGGUAAAAAUCAAUCUAGAUGGUCGUAUCAAGUUAGAAGAACGGUACUCCUACUCCCUCUUCUUCCAUUAUUUCAUCAACAUUUUUUUGAAAAAUUGUUAUAUUUUGUCAAAAGGUUUGAAGAAAAUUUCUAAAAGGUCAAUGAUGUUUGGUUCAUAAUUUUUUUCAAAAAUUCUUGAAGUCUAUUCUGAAUUGAAAAAAGUCAGGUACAUGGGUUUUUGAGAGAGGGGAGAGGGGGCACUUUUUAGCCUUUGUAAAUUAUUUUUUGGAAUACGCAAUUGGGAAUUUUUUUGGAGCUUCGACUAAAAUUGUGAAUUUUUGCAUUUUUUGGAUUGAUAAUCUGAAAAACACUUAUUAUUAAAAACUAGAAAAUUUUUCAAAAUUUUAUGCAUGACGUCGCGUUGUUGAAAAAGCGAGGAAAAAUAAUGUAUUUCAUUUCAAAAUGAAACUCAAUAUUUGUAUUUUUUUACAAAAAUUUUUUGAAAAGCAACAAAUUUUCGACUCAAACACGUUCAUUUUUAUUUUCUUGGGUCCCAAAAAUAUCGCUUAUUGAGUUAUUCACCCCCUACCCCAUCAAAACAUUCGAUGCAAAUUAUUUCCUCAGCCUUCUACCUAUUUAUGGCCUAACUAAGUUUGAAAAUUCUGAAACAUUGAAUUUUUUUCACCUAUACCUGCAUUUGCAACCUUUUUUUUUUUUUUUUUUUGUACAAAUACUUUUUCAAAUAUUGCUUCUAUCGAAAACAAGUAUAGAAAAAAAAAACGUGUUUCCAUUUAAACUACCUAUUUAAAACAAAAAGAAUUUUUCCUCUUGAAUUUGAGAAAAAUUUCUCUGGUUCAAAAUUUCAUCAAAUAAAAUAUUACAACAUGCAAAUCUCUCUUCCCAACUCAAAACAUAUCAAUAUAAAAAUAACACCAUUAUUUUUUUUUCUCAAAAAUCACCUCUCGGCUGCGUCAUUGAUUUAAUGAACGAUCGAUCCAGAGGCCUGUACAAGCCCAACUCCUUCGUAUUCACUUGUCGAUAUUUUAUUUCAAAUUUUGUGAUAUAAGUUAAUGUAAGAUUUAUUUCAACGAUACCUAUUCAUUUUUUUAAUGUAAGAAAAAUAUUAUAGGAUAUUUUACUGUUUGAUACUAUGUCUUAUGUCUUCCAUUCAUUUAUUUGUGCUCUGUACAAAACAGUCAGACAACUUGAGAACCAAUUUGGUUUCUUAUUUUUAUACUUACAUGUAGUACGAGUACUAAUUCAACGAAUACUUUCAAAACUUGAAUAAUUUUUGAACAAUUUUUAGAGCUUCAUUAUCGAACUUACUUAAGAUACAUGAGAGUUAUUUUUCUAAGUGCAGAUAUUACUCAUAUUUUGUGUGUUUUUCUUUGUUUGUGUUUAUUUUUUGUUCGUUUGACCUAACGUUUACAAUACUACUAAUCCCGUCCAAUUUUAUGACAAUCGUAAAUAGAUGUUGUUAUUGUUUUUGA